CUCCUUCGCCAGGCCUGCUUUCCUCUUCGGACGGUUCCUGCGUUUCGUCGACUUCCUGUGAUAAUGAGUGGAGUCCUUGCUUGGAUUGCUUUGUUUGGGUGCUUGUUUUUGUGCUUGACAGGAGUCGAUGGUCAAGAUACGCCCCCAAAUCCGCUCGUUCGGCCUCGACCCUUGGCACUUGGGGAAUGUCGCGGCAUACGUAGGUCUUGGCAUGUAUGUUCAGUAUGAUGAUGUGGUCGUUACUGGGCUGUCGUCUCUACACCGAACCGAAGACGUGUAUGUGAAGCUCGUUCAAGACACCCUCGCUGUCUUCGUUCAGGCGGGGACCUCCAACCUCGACGUCACAGCGUCCUGGAGAGUUCCUUACCUCAUUGGAGUUCGAGGUCGACUUCACGCUCAGAUCGACUCCUUCUCGGUCACCCUUGAGGUACGCCAGGCGACCAGCUUCAAGAGUUCGCCGGUCCUAAGGGCGCUCGACUGUCGAAUAGGAAACGUUGCUUUGACCUCAUCGGGAAUGGGGUCACUAGACUACCUCAUUGAAGCCAGCGUGAACGUUUUCCCAAACGUUUUUAGGAACGAAAUCUUGGAUCAGCUCGAGACGAAACUGUGGCAGUCAGUGCAAGAAGUUCUCCAUCACAUCGACCUUCGCACAAUCAUCCUCCACCACUUAGAGAAGAAAAAUAAAACGACACGAUUCCGGAGUAAAGGCGAAGGAACGCGGCCCCGAACGUGAAACCAGAACGCGCUCUUGCAUAACAAAUGAAUAAAUAAAGGGAUUGUGUGAAGAAGUUUGAAAGAUAG